GGAUCUCGAGCCGAGCUCUAGAGUCUUCCGGUAGGCGGCGCGGGAGGAGAAAGAGUCUUGAGGGGCCGGGCCGGGCGGAUUCCCUUCUCUCCCAAUGUGAGCAGUGUCUCGAGUCCCCCGUCAGGCGAAGGCUGCCCGGAGAGGUGGAGCCGGUGGCCGGGCCGGGAACAUGAGGCAGUGUCUCCUCUUCCUGACCAGCGUGGUUCCUUUCGUGCUGGCGCCGCGACCUCCGGACGGACCGGGCUUCGGCUCCCCGCAGCGACUCGAAAAGCUUGAUUCUUUACUCUCAGACUACGAUAUCCUCUCUUUGUCCAGUAUCCAGCAGCACUCAGUAAGAAAACGGGAUCUACAAGCCUCAACGCAUUUAGAAACACUACUAACUUUUUCAGCCUUGAAAAGGCAUUUUAAAUUAUACUUGACCUCAAGUACUGAACGCUUUUCCCAGAAUUUCAAGGUCGUGGUGGUAGAUGGUAAAGAUGAGCGCGAGUACGCCGUCAGGUGGCAGGACUUCUUCAGCGGACACGUGGUCGGUGAGCCUGACUCUAGGGUCCUAGCCCACAUAGGAGAUGAUGAUGUGACAAUAAGAAUCAACACGGACAGAGCAGAAUAUAACAUAGAGCCACUUUGGAGACUAAUUAAUGAUACUAAAGACAAAAGAAUGUUAGUUUAUAAAUCUGAAGAUAUCAAGAAUAUUUCACGUCUGCAGUCUCCAAAAGUGUGUGGUUAUAUAAAAGCAGAUAAUGAAGAGUUGUUUCCCAAAGGGCUACUGGACAGAGAGCCUCCUGGUGAGCUUCUCCAUCGGGUGAAGAGAAGAGCUGAGCCUAAUCCCAUGAAGAACACGUGUAAAUUGUUGGUGGUAGCAGAUCAUCGCUUUUACAAAUACAUGGGCAGAGGGGAAGAGAGCACAACUACCAAUUACUUGAUCGAGCUCAUUGACCGAGUUGAUGACAUCUACCGCAACACUUCGUGGGACAACGCGGGGUUUAAAGGUUACGGAGUGCAGAUCGAGCAGAUUCGCAUUCUCAAGUCUCCACAAGAUGUGAAACCUGGUGAAAGGCACUAUAACAUGGCAAAAAGUUACCCAAACGAAGAGAAGGAUGCUUGGGAUGUGAAAAUGUUGCUGGAGCAAUUUAGCUUUGAUAUAGCUGAGGAAGCAUCUAAGGUCUGCCUGGCACAUCUUUUCACCUACCAGGACUUUGACAUGGGGACUCUCGGACUGGCUUACGUGGGCUCUCCCAGAGCCAACAGCCACGGGGGUGUUUGUCCCAAGGCUUACUAUAGUCCAAUUGGAAAGAAGAAUAUCUAUUUGAAUAGUGGUUUGACAAGCACAAAAAACUAUGGUAAAACCAUCCUUACAAAGGAAGCUGACCUGGUUACAACUCAUGAAUUGGGACACAAUUUUGGAGCAGAACACGAUCCGGAUGGCCUAGCGGAAUGUGCCCCAAAUGAGGACCAGGGAGGAAAAUACGUUAUGUAUCCCAUAGCUGUGAGUGGAGAUCACGAGAACAAUAAGAUGUUUUCAAACUGCAGCAAACAGUCCAUCUAUAAGACCAUUGAAAGUAAGGCCCAAGAGUGCUUCCAGGAGCGGAGCAACAAAGUGUGCGGGAACUCGCGGGUGGACGAGGGGGAGGAGUGCGACCCUGGCAUCAUGUACCUGAACAACGACACGUGCUGCGGCAGCGACUGCAUGCUCCAGGCGGGCGCCCGGUGCAGUGACAGGAACAGUCCUUGCUGUAAAAACUGUCAGUUCGAGACCGCCCAGAAGAAGUGCCAGGAGGCUAUUAAUGCUACGUGCAAAGGCGUGUCUUACUGCACAGGGAACAGCAGCGAGUGCCCCCCUCCUGGGAACGCCGCCGACGACACAGUGUGCUUGGAUCUUGGCAGGUGUAAAGACGGGAAGUGCGUCCCCUUCUGUGAGCGAGAGCAGCGGCUGGAGUCCUGUGCCUGUAACGAGACUGACAACUCGUGCAAGGUGUGCUGCCGGGACCCCUCGGGCCGGUGCGUGCCCUACGUGGACGCCGAGCAAAAGAACUUAUUCUUGAGGAAAGGAAAGCCCUGCACGGUGGGAUUUUGUGACAUGAACGGCAAAUGUGAGAAACGGGUCCAGGACGUCAUCGAGCGGUUCUGGGACUUCAUCGACCAGCUGAGCAUCAACACUUUCGGGAAGUUUUUAGCGGACAACAUCGUAGGUUCCGUCCUGGUUUUCUCCCUGAUAUUUUGGAUCCCUUUCAGCAUUCUUGUCCAUUGUGUGGAUAAAAAGCUGGAUAAGCAGUACGAGUCGCUGUCCCUGUUCCAUCCCAGCAACGUGGAGAUGCUGAGCAGCAUGGACUCGGCCUCGGUUCGCAUCAUCAAGCCCUUCCCUGCGCCCCAGACCCCCGGGCGCCCGCAGCCCCCGCCGCCCGCCCCCGCGGCCCCCAAGCUGGACCCGCAGCGCAUGGACACGAUCCAGGAGGACCCCAGCACGGACUCGCACGCCGACGAGGACGGCUUCGAGAAGGACCCCUUCCCGAACAGCAGCGCAGCCGCCAAGUCCUUCGAGGACCUCACGGGCCGGACCGUCACGAGGAGUGAGAAGGCCUCGUCCUUCAAGCUGCAGCGCCAGAAGCGUGUGGGCAGCAAGGAGACAGAGUGCUAGGCGGGCCUCCCGCGUGCCGCCCUUCCGGACCUUGGCCUUGAAGUCCCCGCAUCUGUGUGGUGAGGAUUCGGGGGACAGGUGACCUCACAGCAGACGCGGCCGGGUGUUCCGCUCCCUCACACAAUAAAUACCGCUCAUGCGCAGGCCCGUGCCCUUUGGAACAGGGAAGGGGAGUCGAGCUUGUUUUGAGGCUUUCAGAUUUUUUUUUUUGGGUUUUUAAAAUAUCCUUCAACCUGUGGUGCAGAAGCAGAAAAUACAGCUGGAUUAGGUUACAAAUAUUUACGUUUUUGUAAAUUAACUUUUUUAUCGAUACCAGCACCGGGGGAGGACAGGCUCGGUUGUGUAUCUACACCGGACCGAUCCGAGGGGGCACUGAGCAGUCCCUCCUGAGGGCGCCCGGAACCCAGAGGUCCUCUGCCGUCAGGGGAGGACCCAGGAGACGGACACCGAGUUCUCUGUGGUUUCCAAGGCGUCCUCCGGAGCGUUCUUCCUCAAGCUGGAUGCGAGCUAGAUGCGGUGAUCGCCACCUUCACCUUCUAGGGCCGGCGCUUUCUAGAAUUAAACAAUCUUGCUUACAAAUAGUAGCUGACUUGAAUUAGAGUCCUGCGCACUGUUUAAGGUCCCAGCUUGCUGGGCAGUUUUUGUUCCUAAAUGUCUAACACGGUGCCGUGCUGGGAAAGCGCUCGCCCUUCUCGAAGUCUGAGCUGCUGCGCCGGGAGGCACGUGAGCUGCUUUUCCCCCGAGAACAGGGGGUUCGGGCAGCCCUGGGGCUGGGCAGGCGGGGACGCGGCCCCUCAGCCCUGGCGCUUUCUCCCCCCACGGCUGAUCCUUAGACCCGUCGUGGUGCCCUGCGGUCUGCUUCCGGAAGGUCUGCGUUUACUGUGUGAAGGAUAAACUCAUCAAACUGAAUUGACUGCCUUACGAUUACAGUGGGGGGAAGCUCUGAGCGAGAGGACGUGUGACCUGAGGGCCAUUAAGCACACCUGUGACUCAGCUUUUCUCCUGAGGCCGUUUGGUGUGCAGCUGCCUGUUACACUAAUACUUGAACUCCUACCUUGUGGUGUUUGCUGUCUUCUAACCAGUCGUGACACAUUACACUUUUGGAAUCUGACUAGGUGAGUGGGUGUCUGUGUGUGAGUGAACAGUUCCCACCUCAGUGUAAGAAAAUCGUUUUUUAUAAAAUGGACUUUUUAAACAA